AUGACUUUCGACGGUAUUACGCAGCAUGAUUCGGAGUCGGGAUAUGAUGAGAAGAAGGUGGACGAUUCCAUGCCGCAGUAUGUGGAUGCGUUUGGUGAUGAGUCCAAUGCGGAGGUUAAAUAUAAGACUAUGGAGUGGUGGCAAACCGGAAUGUUCAUGAUUGCCGAGUCUGUUUCACUUGGUGUCCUUUCAUUGCCAGCAACUCUCGCUCAACUGGGUCUCGCCCCGGCCCUCGUCCUGAUCAUCGGCUUGGGUCUUCUCGCUACUUAUACCGGAUAUGUCAUCGGACAAUUCCACCAGCGCUACCCUCACAUCCAGAACCUCGCAGAUGCGGGUGAGGUUCUUAUGGGAGCAUUCGGUCGUGAGCUUUUUGGAAUUGGCCAGCUAUUAUUCUCCAUCUUCAUCAUGGGCAGCCACAUUCUCACAUUCAGUGUGAUGAUGAACACCAUUACCGAUCACGGCACCUGCACUAUGGUUUUCACUACUGUUGGAUUCCUGAUUUGCAUGGUCUGCUCUCUGCCACGCACCAUGAAGAACAUGACCUACAUCUCAUGCAUGUCCUUCGUCAGUAUCCUGACUGCCGUCAUCAUCACCAUGAUCGGUGUCGGUGUCCAAGACCAUGGAUACACUACUCUCCAGGCUACUGUGGACACUAAUCUCUACAAGGCUUUCACUGCCGUGACUAACAUCGUGUUCGCUUACUGCGCGCACGUUGCUUUCUUCGGUCUUCUCGCUGAGAUGCGUGAUCCCCGUGACUUCCCUAAGGCUCUGUAUAUGCUGCAGACCUUUGAGAUUAUCUUCUACACCGUUGCUGCCGUUGUUAUCUAUUAUUACGCUGGACAAGACGUCACAUCACCUGCCUUGGGCUCUGCUGGACCUGUUCUCAAGAAGGUCGCGUACGGAAUUGCCAUUCCCACCAUUGUCGGUGCCGGAGUUGUGAACGGCCACAUUGGUUUGAAAUACAUCUACGUCCGUCUCUUCCGCGGAACAGACCGCAUGCACCGCCGCGACCUCACAUCCAUCGGAACCUGGGUAGCCAUCGGCGUGAGCUGCUGGGUCAUCGCUUGGAUCAUUGCAGAUGCCAUCCCAGUCUUCAGCGACCUUCUCAGUCUGAUCAGUUCGCUCUUCGCUAGUUGGUUCAGUUACGGCCUUGCUGGUGUUUACUGGCUACACAUCAACAAGGGCAAAUGGUUCUCUUCUCCCCGGAAGAUCGCCCUCACCAUCCUGAAUGUCCUGAUUGUUUUGAUUGGUGGCUGCAUGUGUGGACUUGGUCUCUACGUCUCUGGUCGGGCGAUUCACGAUGAUGCGUCCAGCAACAGCUUCUCUUGUGCCAACAAUGCAGAGGUAUAG